AUGAAGGGACUGCCCAGGCUUAAGUCAACGGCCUUGUGGACAGACGAUUUUUACGAGAGACACCGGUGGUGGUGGACUGCGGAGAACACUGCAGUGGCCUCAAAACCUGAACGACCUAACUCACUCACGGGUCCUGGUGGCACGCUCACCAGACGCCUGUUCUGUUACCAUGCACCUAAUCAGUCCCUAUUGGUAGGAUCAGGUCAGUCACCUACCAGGCCUCCAAAUUCACUAUUGCCAUCAGGUUGUGAAUCUCCAAAGUUAAAUUGUGAUAGGACAUCUUCAAUGAUUAUGCCUGGACAAAAUAUGUCUCAGAUGGCCAGUGGUGGUAGGACAGGCUAUUAUCAUUCCAGCCCUAGGAUGAUGUAUAACAAUCAUUCUGGGCAUUCAUUAAUGCUUUCUGAUUUGCCUGAACCCCCUAUUCCGGUGUCUGAAGUUGGUCCAAUACCUCCACCACCCAUGUUCAGCUCACCAGCUCAACAACCAUACUUAUACCAACAUAACAAUCGUCAAAAUCAUCGUGCCAAUGAUAACAAUGAUGAGGAAAUGGAAAUGGCCACCAAUGAAGAUGAUUAUGAUGAUGAUGACUAUGAUGAAGAAGAAGAAGAUGAUGAUGACGAUGAAGAAGAAGAAGUAGAUGAUGAUGACGAUUCUAAUGGAUUUAGAAUAAGAAGUCGUCACAAUUUUCCUAGUCAUAUAGAGCAGAUUCCUGCUAAAGAACCUGUUUUUAAUGCACAGCCUCUCAAGUCAGCACUGAAAAAACCAUCAACACCUAAUCAAAAUCAAGAAUCAUCACAGUUGCUCAACAGAAGGGCUCCACUUAAGCCUAGGAUACGUUUUUGUGGUGCUAAUCGUCCAGUAGUGUUUGGAAUUUCACUACCUUGUUCAUUACAAGAGAAUAAAGAAAAUGCUAGGCCUAAUGAGUCUAGUGAUGAUGACAGUUCUGGCGAUGGACCUAUAUUGUACAGAGAUGAUAAUUUAGACAAUCGAUUGGCCGAAAAAAUUGCAAGGAAAGAUAGCCUUGCUAUUAAAUUAGCUUUGCGUCCCAAUCGACAAGAGCUCAUUAAUCGUAAUAUUCUUCAAGUUCAGAGUGAUAAAGAGCGACAAGAAACAAAAGAAGUUAUUGGUGCUCGGCUUAUUAGACGUUUGAGCAUGCGGCCAACACAGGAAGAACUUGAAGAAAGAAAUAUCUUAAAAAAACAAACAGCUGCAGAAGAAAAAAAAUUAAAAGAAGAAAAGAAACGCAUGUUGUUAAGAAAAUUAAGUUUUAGGCCAACAGUUGACGAAUUGAAAGAGAAAAAAAUUAUUCGAUUCAAUGAUUACAUAGAAGUGACACAGGCACACGACUAUGAUCGGCGGGCCGACAAACCAUGGACUCGGUUGACAACCAAAGAUAAAGCAGCUAUACGAAAAGAACUAAAUGAAUUUAAAAGCUCAGAAAUGGAAGUCCAUCAAGAAAGUAAACAUCUUACCAGAUUCCAUCGACCAUGAAUUUCACAGAUAUUCUCGCAUGUCAUAAAGCAAAAUUUAUAUAUAUAUUAAAAAGCAAGAAAAAAUAUUAGUCAGAAUUGGCUGGCUAUUAAUUAUUCUUGUUUAGAUAAAAAGUAGGUUUUAAAUACACAUAUAUUAGUAAAUUAAAUAUUUAAAAAUCAAUUAAAAUAUUUAAUAACUUGAUAAUGUAUUAAACAAUUUUUAUCAGGCGAUAGAAAAAAAUAUAAAUUAUGAUAAAUACUAGAAUAUCUCAUAUUGACGAGAAGCUUUUGUCCGUCCACAUAGUGAUUAUGUGCAAUAUUUAUUAUGCAAUAACUCCAAUAUAUAUUACACAUAUAUAUAAAAAAUAA